AAAUGAGCUGGGUGUUAUUUGUGGUUGCAUUUUAAACGAUGAAACAUUUUAUUUCUAUAUUAAUUUGUAUAUUUGCUUUUGAAGAGUUACUGGCAGACACAUUUCCCUUCAUCCCAAAGUCCCAAAAUGACGACCUCCUCGACCUGGACCUCGAUCUGGACGACAUGGAGUACGAGCGGGACUUUCACGGCGAUUCGCUGAUCCCCCAGCUGCUCUUCCCUCGGGACGAACCGCGCAACUUUGUCCAACUGCCGGACCAGUCCGGCCACUUCGAGGUGGUCCCCCGAGCGUUGGUACGGGAAUGCCGCCGUAACGCCUCCAGCUACGAGGCGGCCGCGGACAUGAAGUUCUGGUUCUACGCAAGGUACAGCGCCGACGACGGCAAGCCGAUCAAGUUGGACUUUGACGAGCUUGGACUGCUGGCAAGUCGGUACGGAUUCCGGCCGGAGUUGGCCACGAAGAUAUUGAUCCACGGCUGGAUGGGCAGUUCCGAGUCGGAGGUGAUGGACCCGUUGGCCAAGGCGUAUUUGGAGCAGGGCGAUGUCAAUGUGGUUGGGGUUGAUUGGGAGGAGGGUGCGGAUCGGAUUUGGUAUCCGACGGCCCGGUACCAUGCUCCGGCGGUUGCCGAUGUGGUGGCGGCCAUGAUUGAAAAACUUGUCGGGUUUGGUCAGACGCCGGAUUUGAUUGGGAUUGUCGGGCACAGUUUGGGGGCGCACAUUGCUGGGUUGGCGGGGAAGAGGACUCGGCAGAAGAUUGGAUUCAUCGUUGGACUAGAUCCGGCGGCACCGUUGUUCAGGUUGGAGAAACCUUUGGAGCGAUUGGCCGCGGGAGAUGCGCAGUACGUGGAGGUGAUUCACACGAACGGGAAGGCGCUGGGGAUCUUCGAGAACAUUGGGAAGGUCGAUAUCUAUCCGAACGGUGGAAGCAAUCAGCCGGGUUGUGAGUUUCCGGAUUUGGCCUGCAGUCACCAGCGGGCGGUCGAGUACUUCCGGGAAUCGCUGAAGGUGAAGAACUUUGCCAAUCGGUGUGUCAACGUGAAUGAGCUGGGUGAAAGGUGCUCGUUGGGACGCGCGACGCUCGGAGGGUUUGAAACACGUGGUAUGAGGAGCAAACCACGUGGCGUGUACUACAUGAACACCGCUGAGAGCAGGCCCUUUCUGAAGGAUGUCAAACGGGUGGUGGCUCCGAUGGUGCCGCAUUAUCAUUAAAUUUUUGUAUUUUAUAAAUAUAUAGUUUUGAACAUAA